AUGUUCGACGAGAACAGUAAUACCGCCGCCGGAGCUGGUGCUGUGGUGGCUCAGUCGGGCGCUCUAGCUCCGGGAACAAUUCCCGGAAAUGUCUCAGCUCCAAACUCAGCUAUUGUCACGCAAUUGCUCAACGUCAAGGAUAGCCGCUGGCUUCAGGUAGAGACCGAUGUGCCCGUAUCCGAGCUUCACAAACACACACUUACUCGUCCAAGCGCACUGUAUUGCUAUAGAACGCCAUUUAUUCCUUGGUCCGCUUUCUGUUAG